GCGCCCAAUGUUCCUACACAGGUAACCCACGUGACGGACAAAGCCAGGGCGCUAAUGUUACCAUAGAAACGGACGCUACGAGCGAGUGAAUGUUAGUUCUUUUGCGCUAUAAUGCCUGUUGGAAUAUGUCCGCUGUUUGUUUUAUUCUUAUUCCCGGCACUGGCUCGGCCACAGAGUACUUCCAUAGCAUUUACACAGCCAGCUAACUGUGCAGCGGAUCAGUUUUAUAACACGGCCGCCCUGUCGUGUUUCCCUUGCGGAUCAUCAUUGGGGGUAGUGGCCAGUCCUGACGGUCUCCGAUGCACCUGUUCUAAAGAAUAUGCGAUCAGUGAUCUUGGAUCCCCUUUGGUAAACUGCACACCCUGCAGCAUAGGCCAGGUGGUAUCUUUUGACCAAAGAGAAUGCCUGUCAUGUACUGGCAGCACCUGCACAUGUGGAGCCCAACAGAUCAGAGCGGAAAACCUUUCCAGCAAGACCUACUCGUGUGCAGAUUGUGGUGCUUUAUCAGUACCAAAUGGCAUCGGGAACCAGUGCAUUCUAUGUCAGCAAACCUUUAUAAGCAGUAACUGUACUUGUCCUGAAAGUAACCAGUCUGGAGGCCUCUGUUUCCCACAAGCAGCAACGGUGUAUGCUGUGGCAUCAGCUUGGGAGACUUUGUACUUAGAUUCUAGCUACCAGGCGUGUAGCAUUUACAGCAAUAUCACUGCUUGCCAGGUUCUCACCAACUUGGUCAUCCUAAAUGUGACGUCCCUCACGAGCACCGCACUGAAUUUAUACAGUCUCAUAUAUCUUUCACAAAAUAAAUUCCUCCCACCGUUAUUCUAUAGCACUAGUGUAGCUCAACUAUGGAACACAGCACCAUCACCUGCUCAGUUGUCCUUCACAAGAAAUGCUCAGAUGCAGUUCAAGCUCCUGAAGUAUGAUCUCCGUGGAAACUUUUUGGGCUGGCAAAAUCUGAAAGGAGGAACUUUACAGAUGUGCCCAAAUACACAGGCUGUUUGGGAUGCUGCAUUUAGAUUUGGGACAUAUUACAAUCAGUCUUGCACCCUACAGGUGGCUGACCUUCUUCAGAAUGUACCAGAACCAGUUUUUUAUGAGCUUUUCGUUUCUUAUACCAGUAAUGGUGUCAGUAUGGUAUGGCCUGUUCCUGUGUGGAAUGCUGGCUUCCAAGGCAGUACAAAUCCAAUUUCCAGCAGCAGUACCAAUGCUCUGAGACGAUUCUUUCUGGUUGAUGGCAUUUCAGGAAGGACUGGAAACAUUUCCAACCCUCCUACCUACAUUACUGUAGCGACAAGUCUCAAUUUAAGUGUAUAUGUGACUACUGGGGACACAUGGGAUCAGUCUCCCUUCCAGCUGACUGUCCGUUAUCAGAAGAUACCUGGUCUAAGUGGAACAGCACAAGUCUCAUUUGCUGUUACCUACAGUCAGAGCCAAGGUACCUAUAAGAGAGACACUGAUAUUGCGUUGGGAGUCCUUGGGUCUCUUGCUAGCCUAUAUGCCAUCCUAGAGACCAGCAGUUGGCUGCGAAGAUCAGGGCAACAGUACAUUGGUAUUCUGGUAAUCAUAAAGUUUCUGGCUUUCUUGUCUGGAGCUCUAGCAAAUACAUUCUUCCUUAUCACCCUUGGAACUGCAAUAUAUUGGCUUAUAGCGUUUAAGGGACAAACAUCAGCAGUUCAUGUCACCUUACCGCCUGCUGGCGGGCAAAUCGAGACUGAUUUUAUCAUAUACUUAUCAGUCGCUUUUGCUCUGAAGACCAUAGAGCUGCUUCAUCUUCUAGUCUCCCAGCUGACUGUCUCCAUGUUCUUAAUUGACUGGGAAAAACCAAAGGAGAAAAUAACAUCCAAUUCCCAAGUUAAAUCUAACAUAAGCAUUUGGAGGACUAUUCUUGUGGCUAAUGAGUGGAAUGAGAUGCAGACCUACAGGAAAAUUAGUCCCAUAUUCCAGCUCUUCUCUGUAUUGCUGCUUCUGGAGGUGGUGGGGCUCAAGAACAUCACUGCCAAAGAUUUAAAUCUUGACCUGAACCCUCCAAGUGGCACCUACCUGGCAUCCUGGAGCAUCAUUCUGAGAUUUGGCAUUGCUGCUUCCAUGUGGUUGGCAGUGGGCAUUGUUCAGGUUCUGUUUUGUAUUGUCAUCUAUGAACGAUUUUUUGAAGACAAAAUGCGCCAGUUUACAGAUCUUUGUUCGCUGAGCAAUGUUUCGGUUUUUAUACUGACUCACAGGUGCUAUGGGUACUACAUCCAUGGGCGCUCUGUCCAUGGCCAGGCUGAUGUAAGCAUGGAGACCAUGCUGUCAAAUUUGAAAAAAGAAGAGGAGAACUUGUGUCCUUUGAGAGGUUUGGAACCCAGUUCUGAUAUCCAGACCUUUGAGGUUUUGUUGAGUGAUCGAGUGAGGGAUCAGUAUGAGAAGAUCAUGGAACCACUUCUUGAGGCACCCAGAGGGCAGAGAGGAGUAAAUGAAAGCAACCCCUUAAUGCAGCAAAGGAUAAAGACUUAUUACACUAUUAACCGCUUCCUUUCCUCUUUCCUGGAUCAUGUUUACAAAGAGCUAGACUAUGUGGUGAAGGACAAGCUAUUUCUGGAACACAUCUUUGAUAUGGAGUUCCAGCAGCCUAUGGAGAAGUCUAUUCUUUACACUGAUGAUGGCGCUCGUUUUAGCCGGACACUGUUCUAUGGCAAUGAAUUGGUGUUGCUUCUGUUUGACACCCUGCUCUUUUGCAUCAUUGAUUUGGGGACACAGAAUUUUGUGCUGGCAACAAUCAUAACAUAUGUAGUUCAGACGCUGGUAGUAAUAUUACGUUAUCAGAUUGGAAAGAAAAAUGUGUCCAGGCAGACAAUGGUGGAGGAGAAUUUCCUCAUUUGAUGGAGGACAAGAAAGACAAAGCGGAGAGGAGACAUUUUCCCAUAGUCCAGGUUAAACCAACACUUUAACAAAGCUUAUGAGUGCGUGACUAGCGCCUGAAUAAGCACAAUAUGUGCACAUGCAGAUCCUACACAGCAUCUGAGUGGGUACAGAGAAAAUGAUAUUUACUUAUAGUGCCUGCGACAUGAAUUAUAAUCUUGUGCAAAGACUUGUAUCAUAAGUGGCUAAUUUUGUUUCUAUGUAAUAUAUGUCCUUUGUUCUGCCACCUGUUUAAUAGGAUUCAUUACUGUCAUUGUGUUUCUAUUAUAUUGUUAUAUUUUUAUACAUUUGUACUUUUAAUAGGAGUGUGCGGGACAGGGGAGUAGUCAAUAACCAAAAAAAAUGACGCCAAAAGGAUAAUGUUUUCCUGCACUGCAAGGUGUUAAGAUAAUUCCAGAGAUGUUUUGUAGCAAAUCUUCAACAAGCAUCCAAACAUUUCCAUAAUUUUGUAACUAGUGUGCCUAUGUUCAUUACCUGUCUCCAGCUCUCAGGAAAUCAUCUAAUUAUCAUGUACUUAUAGAAACAACUCUUACAGUUUAAUAACAUUUGCAAAAUUUGUACUAAUAACCCAUAGCAACCUGUGAGAUGUUUGCUUUCAUACAGGUGCUAUUUGCUUGUUGUUUGUUAUUACUGUGGGCUACAGAGCUCCCUUACCCUCCAGUGAGCUGUGGUUUGGUGCACAUUGUGAAGAUUGCUUUAAUGGGUGUAAUUUUGUGCCUAUCAUUAGACCUAGCAAUUCUUCCUGCUGUAAGUAAAUGAGCCCUUUUAUUUUCAGGCACAAGUAAACAGUAUCCCUUAUGCCAAACACACAGACAUGUUAUAUAGUUUGUUUAACCCUCUAAGUGCCACUGAGUUUUACUAAAUCUACAUAGCGAUUUGUUAUUCAACUCAGUAUCCAGUGUUGCAUAGACCGUAAACUGGAAAAGUAGAGUCUGUGGUGAAUUAGAAUGAGAGAGUCUAGGAUCUGUGGCAAUUAUGGUGUUAAAUAUAUAUGUUGCUUUUAUGAAACUAUAUUUUAUUAUUUUUAUCUCAACACCUGAAAUACCUGCUAAAUUUGAGCUCUUUUCAGUUUCACCUUAAACUGGCUCGGUAUCAUCAACAUGAAAAGGUGCAAACUUGCAAUACCCACAAUCUCCCUUGAGCAAUUUUGUUUGGCUGGAUGGUUUUUUCCCUCCUCACAGAUGAGUGGAGUUUUAGUGCCAGAGCAAGCCUAAAACAGAUUUCAGAUCUGUGCACCAGCUGCUGCAAUAACCCCUGUGUAGAUAUGAUUAAUAGCAUUGGUUUUGCAUACUCUUUUAAAAUAAAAUUCUCUAUAUUUUA